AGAGGAGCGUCCUCUGGCUGCUUCAGUGUGUCUGUGUGUCCAUCUGCAGCAUGGCGUCUCUCUGCCUCCUGCUGCUCAGCGCCGCUCUGAUCCACACCACUCAGUCUCUUCCUGCAGCUCGAAGCAGGGCCCGUGGCCAAGAUGCUUCGUUGGGCAGGGGCGGACGCCAGCGCAGAGACCUUCAGGACCUUUUGCCUUAUGAAGACCAGAUGAUGUCAUACCCUAUUCAGCGGUCUGUAGGCGGGGCCAACGAUCUGUACUACCAAUCAGAUAGCUGGAAUGGAAGAGGAUUGGACCAGGCCCUCCAGCAAUUGGUGGAGAGAGACCAGAGAAGGGAGCAGGAGGAGGAUCAGAGGGCAGCCUACAUGGCUGCUCUGCUCCGCCUCCUGAGUGAAGCUGAGAGAGCAGGAUUGGUGGGUCCAGGAGAUAUGGAGGUGGUGGAGGAGGAGGACGAGGAAGACGAUCAGGGGCCUCCAGGGGACUUCCAAGACCCCUCCCUCCCAGAUUACGAUGAUACAGCGCGGGGCAUAAACAUGGGGAGGCCCCCUGCAGACUGGUGGCGCCGCAUGGAGCCUCAGCUGGCUCAGACACUAUUGAACAGGAUGGAGCCUCAGCUGGUCCAGAGUCUGCCACAGAGAGGACAAGAGACAUCUGGACAGAGCGAGAGGGACACACUCAGGCGGAUGGUUGCUAGGAUACUGUCCAGCAUUGGCCCCAACGAUGCCCCGGUGGGAGUCUCCUCCGGUCGCCGCGCAAGGAGAGACCUGUCAGUCAAAGCAGCUGAGCCCCUUAGCUCCGCCCACAGGAGAGCCCGCCGUUCUCUUGAUGACAUGGCUCCUCCAUCUCCUAGCAACGACCCGCCCCUCCUCAGAGUGAAAAGGCUCGGGGAUGAGGAGGAGGAGCAUGAGGAGAGGCUCCGCACCCAAGUCACUGGGUUGCAGAGGAUGAAACGUAUCGACACCGCAGUCGCUGACGUAGAGGAAAUGGAUCAUGGGAGUCGUCGCCGCCGCAGGCGGGCCGCGCUGAACUACGACCCCCAGAUAUUGAUCGAUCAGAUUGUCCAGUACAUGAGGGAGUGAGAGGAAAAGGAGAAGAGGAAAGGAGAGGAGGAGAGAAGAAGGAGAGGAAAUUAGGAGGAUGAUAGGAGAGGAGGGAAAUAUGUUAGGCGAAAAGAAGGAGAGAGGUUCAGGAGGCCAUUUGUUGUGUUUCAGGUUUUAUUUUUUGUUUUGCUGCUUUUGUGAAAACUGAUCAGUCGUUUCAAGCUGAAAUGAGGAAGAAUCCUUGAGCAAAUGAAAACGCUUCUCCAAAAUGAUCAAUUUUCUUUGUUUAAGCACUGCAUUACCCUUGAGCCUCAGCAGCCACUUCAGCCAUUCACAAUCUAAAGUGUGCUGGUCUGUAAAAGCGUUUCUUUGACCUCUUCCCAACGAUCUCUCCAGGUGUUUCUUAAAUCACGAUCCAACAUCCAGGUGCAACACGCCAGACGGAGAAGAGGAAGCUCAGCCUCUGAGGGCCGGUUCCAUCCAAACACCAACCACGACGCUGAACGGACACGUCGCUAAGACACAGGAAUGCAGCAUGUCCCAGAAGAGCAGAGCGACAAACACCAGCUGCCCACCAUCAACCACCUCAGACGUAGUAGAUCGUGACCUUAAAUAACGCCUGGAAGACCAGGGUUCUGUCAGGGGUAGAACCUUACGCCAGGAGGCAUAUUUAGAGAAAUGCAGACGAAACCCUAAAUCCUUUCUUUGUUCAGAUUGGGCAAUCCCCACAGUGACGUGGUUUCUAGAACCGUCAUUGAUCCUAUUGGCUGUUAGGGUUCCACAGAGGUGUCAAUCAUCCAGGUCCACUAUCCUUCCUGAGAUACGUCGUUGUUCAGCAGUUGCUCCACAUGGAGGCGCCAGAACACCCUGAAGAGCUCACUGAUACCAACAAACCCAGAACUGUUUAAUUACAUUUAUAUCAAAUAAUAGCAGUUUCGUAGACCUAAGUGACACAGGUGCGACUAAAGGUCUCAAAGAUCCGUCUAACAUCGGUCGUAAACAUUCCAGAUCCACAUUUGGAAUAUCGGUCCUGGUCCAGUAGAUGGGGAGAUGUUCCGGGACGGUCUUCUAGAGGGUUGAGGUUUAAAUCCAUGAGUCCAGACACGUAUGAGCUCUAAAAGAGAGACAUUUAGUCAGAAUCCUGCCAUCUUUCAUCAGAGCAGGAGUCUUAGACAUAGUCCUUUUUGAGAAGGGGUUAAAGAUAAACAAGUCUUUUGUUCUGAAACUCUUAUUGGCUGAUUUCAGGGUUCUUGUAGUUAACUCCGCCCACUCUCCUGAAAUGGCUGCAUUAUUUGAGGUUUCUCAGUGAAUCUAACCUUUUUGGAAGGAUGUGUGAUGGACAGGUUCUGUAACCGUGGCGACAGCUCAUCAGCUCUGUUAUUGGUCGCGUCCACUUGUGUUUGUGUACUCCAGCUUGUGGCUAGUCUAUCUGUGAUCAUACUUUAUGUCACACUAAGAAAUAAAGUGAUUUCUGUCUGUGAAA